AUGCGCCCUGGCACGUCUACACACUCAAUAUGCGCUCGCUGCUUAAGCCGCGGUCGAUUCUUUUCGACAAUCCCUCAACCGCGCGAACGACUUCCUCCGUCGCCGCCGCGGGCAGGGUAUACUCGACUCACGAACCGGGGACUGAUCUCCAUUAGCGGGGUGGAUAGCACAACAUUCCUCCAGGGUCUUAUUACCCAGAACAUGCUAGUUACGAACGAUCCGAACCACUCGCCUCGUCACACCGGAUCCUAUACUGCGUUCCUCAAUUCCCAAGGCCGAAUCCUGAACGACGCUUUCAUUUACCCGUUGCCGAAAACCGAUAGCGAGGCUGCUUCUACCAAUGACCCGGCGUGGCUGAUUGAAGUGGAUAAGAAUGAGGUGCCGAUACUUUUGAAGCAUCUCAAGAAACAUAAGCUACGGGCGAAGUUGAAGUUGCGGGGUUUGGAAGACGGUGAACGCACGGUCUGGUCAGCUUGGAAGGACCAUGCAGAACCUCGGUGGGCGACGUAUAACCUUGAGACUGAUACGUCCUCUCCAUUUUCUCCGUCGUCGCCGAUUGCGGGUUGUGUCGAUACAAGAGCUCCGGGUUUUGGUUCCCGGAUUGUGACCCCGGGUGCGGAAGAUCUACGGAAUCAUCUCCCUGAUGAGUCCCAGGUUACGGGAUCUGAAGUUGGUCUGGACAGCUACAUUGUGCGCCGGAUAAUGCACGGGGUAGCGGAAGGACAAAACGAGAUCCUCCGGGAGUCUGCUCUGCCUAUGGAAAGCAACAUGGACAUGUCGCGGGGAAUUGACUUCCGCAAGGGCUGCUAUGUCGGCCAGGAGCUCACAAUCCGUACUCAUCACACGGGUGUUGUGCGGAAGCGGAUAGUGCCUGUCCAGCUAUACACUGAUGAUCACAGUACCGUGACGUCUAUCGAUACCCCCGUGUACGACCCGUCGACAGCGAUCUCUCAGCCACCGCGUGAAUCGAACCUUUCCAAAGCUGGAGCGCGCAGAGGCCGCAGUGCAGGAAAAUUCCUGCACGGUAUUGGAAACAUCGGUCUUGCACUGUGUCGGUUGGAGAUGAUGACCGACAUCAUGCUUACCGGAGAAGGCACGCAAUUCAGCCCGGAACAGGAAUUCAAGAUCUCGUGGACUGGUGAGGAAGAAGGUGCUUCUGGCGCGGGUGAGGUCAAGGUGAAGGCGCUCGUACCACCUUGGACGAGGGAAUUUAUUUACUCUGGAAUGAAGAACCAGAAUGCUCGUAAAAAUGAAGACGAUGGUUCCAGGGCAAAGCGUCUGGUGGAGCAGUUGGAAGAGGAAGAAGAGGAAGAUGAACGUCGAAACGAUUAA